AUGUCAGCCAACGCCGGCGAGAAGAGGCAUUUCGUGGAUGACGACGAGUGGUGCCGUCUAAUGGCAGAAAGGCUGUCAAACUUCAACCAUGAAGCUGCACAGAACCUCGCCAGGACCUUUGAAAUCGUCUCGCCGGAUGUUUCCGCGGGCUCUUCUCCCUCGGGUGCUAUGUACGUCGAACCGCAGCAUGUCAACGCCGGCGUGGUGAUGAAUGCACCGGCUGUUCGCAAGAAGCGCUCCAAGUACAUCUCCAACUCCUGCUCAGAGUGCAAGCUGAAGAAGAGGAAGUGUAGCGAUGUUAGGCCGUGCGCGAUGUGCGUGGUUGCAGGAACGAGCGACAAGUGCUUGUCGGAAUCAAGAAAUGUCUCGCUAUCAACAACAAUCCACAGCCUGAGAGAAGCAUUUUUCCAGGACCUCCAGGAACAGGACGCGUCGCUUCGCUCCUUGAAAGACGCAUCGGUGCAGAGCGGAGUAAACAUCACGAUUGUACGUCCUCUAUGGGAGUUGGGGUUCGAUGUGUCGGUGCUUUACAAGGCCUUCAGGAUUCUUCCACUUGACCUCAAAGUGGCCAUGGACGACGCCGUCGAUUUGGUGCGCAAGGUGAUGGUGUCAAACUUGAAAAGCAACCCUGGCUUUAAGCAGAUUCUCACUCAGCAGCAAGAGCUGGGGAGAUUGAGCAACUUCUGGCAACAGAACGAUGCUGCGCGGUGGCAGUUUGAUGAGACAGAGGAUUGCUUCGACCAGAUUGCCAGCGACAGAAGAUGGGGACAUGGUAGAUGGUUGUCAGUCGAGUUCGACUCCAACUUACACUGCAGGAGGAUGAGGAUAGGCGAUGACGUGGCGGACUUGCUGGGCUAUCACCACUCAGAGAUCCUUUCUCGCUUCUUCUGCCAUGACAUUGUGCACUCCAUGAGCGAGUACGAGGUCCUGGUUGCCUGGACGUCAGUCUUGUUCGCUUCGUUCAGCAAGGAGGCAGUGUGGUACAUGAGAGUAGCCACGAGCGAUAGAUAUGGCGAGAAGCGCACCUUGUAUCUCAAGUGCAAUCUACACAAGAGCUUUGAUCAGCAAGGCAGACAGUUCGGGUACACCAUCGUCUUCGACCUGGCUUCCUUGGAGGACUUCCGGCAGUACAAGAACAGAUUUCUCCCGCCUGCCAUGCACGCUAAAGGGCGUGAGGACUUAGAAGAUAGAAUGGCGAGGGAGUCCAUCGUCUUCAUGAGAAAGUUACGGGUCAGCGCAGACGACAGGUUGUCGCACCUUACCAGCGUGGUCAAGAGGUGGGUAGAGGAGAUGAAGAGCACGCAUCUUUAA